AUGACAACAGAGUACCGUGUGUCACUCUCAUACCCAAAUCCAUCGCUGGGCCAGAUGGUGGCCGGUUCGCAGACGUCCAACUCCAUAGACGACGAGGCUUCGCGCUCAAAGCUUGGCUAUGGGGACUCGGGACAGGUCAAGGGCUUACAGCAGGCAGCGCUUGUCUUAACGCUCCUCGUUGGCCUUCUGAUCUCGACUCUCGAUACAACCAUUGUGUCUACGUCCCUCGUCACGAUAUCGAAUGACCUGGAUGACUUUGUCAAUGCACCGUGGAUUGUGCUGGCGUAUCUGCUGACCUAUAUGGGGUUUGCCGUUUGCAUCUCCAAGAUGAGCGACAUAUAUGGACGAAGGAAUAUUCUGGUCCUCUCCUGGGUCGUCUUCUCCGGGUUUUCCUUGGGCUGCGCCAACGCGAAACACAUGACUGCACUCAUCGCAUGUCGUGCCUUCCAAGGCAUAGGAGCGUCAGGCCUGUACAGCUUGACCCAGAUAGCCCUCGUCGAAGUCGGUCCGGCCCAUCGGCCUAGUCUGAUCGGGGCUAUGAUUGGGGCAACGCUUGCCAUUGCAUUCGUUCUUGGCCCCCUCCUUGGAGGCCUGAUCUCCAUGCAUUCCGACUGGAGGUGGCUCUUCAACCUCAAUAUCCCAUUCGGACUUGUUGCCAUGCUUGCUAUCACGAGUUUGUGGCCUCGAGAGGAAGUCUCCCAUUUACUUUCAUGGGAGGCUUUCACCAGCAUAGAUUUCAUCGGCAGUACUACUCUGCUAUGCGGCUCUUCUUUACUCGUGUUUGCCAUCCAGCAGGCGGGUUCGCAGACGGUUGCCUGGUCCAGCCCGGAAGUCAUAUCGGCUCUCGUCAUAUCCGGGAUCAGUUGGGCUGUAUUCAUCGGUUGGGAGGUGAUACUGGACUCAAAGAGACAUCGCCAUAUCGAGCCGAUAUUCCCCAUCCGGUUGAUGUCCCAACGGGUCUAUGCUUCAGGUCUCUUGCUCACACUCCUUACAGGAUUUCCGUACAUUUCUCUCACCGUCAUCAUCCCCGAGCGUUUCCAGAUCGUCAAGGGAGAAGACGCCCUCAUGGCCGGCAUUCACCUCUUUCCGUUACUCGGGGCCUGCGCCGUCGGCUCGUUUCUAGGCGGCGCAAUAUCCAACAAGCGAAACAACACAUCGUAUACGCUUAUUGGAUCAUCCUGUCUUCAACUCUUGGGGCUAGGGCUGAUGACGACCCUGAAACAGGCAGAAAGCGCAGAGCCCUCUCAGUACGCCUACCAAGCCAUUUUUGGGCUGGGCGUCGGUCUCUGCUUCUCGGCAACGACAAUCAUGACGAGCAUUUGCACAGCUGAGUCGAGCGAGAAGGCCACAGCGCAAGGGGCCGUUGCCCAGGCUCGCGUAUUGGGGGGAAGCAUCGGGCUCUCGGUCUGCACAGUGAUAUUCAACAUCCACGUGAACCGAUUUCUAGAGGGCCGUUUAAGCAAAGCGCAACUCGAAAGCCUUCACCGGUCACCCCUGUCGGGGCUGCAGCUCCCUGUCGACCAGCAAGAUGCAGUUAAGACCGUCUAUGCUGGAGCAUAUGCCGAGGAGAUAAAGAUAUUGGCUUGCGUUUGCUCAGUCAUGGUAAUUGUUGCCCUCUUUACUCUGGAGAGGCACCCCACGCCGUUGAAGAUUGUGCAUUCAGGAUCCAAGGAGGGUCCGUUUUCGAGACGCGGCAGUGACUCAGAGACGGAAUUGUCGGAUAUCAGAAACACCCAUCAAGUUGCUUGA